AUGCGGUUCAAGGAGAUGCUCACGUCCAAGAUAACCAACAUCAAAAUCAACAUGGAGCACGUGAAGAAUAUGCAGACAAGCAUUGAAACACUUCCAAGUUCAUCAGACUCGGUUGUCCGAGCUCUUACUUCUGUCGUGAACGAGCAAAUGCAUACCAUUGCAGGAUUGUCUCUAACAGUGAACGCCCUACUAUCUAAGCUGAAGGAGCAAGACAAAGAGUUGAAAAGGACUACUUUUCACGUUGCAAGAAAUCGAGAGAUAUCGUUGCCAGAGGGUUACACACUGGAAAGAAAAAAUAUAUCGAGGGUCUGGCAUCGUGACAGUUCACCACCCUUCAAGGAGUUCAAUAUGGUUGAAGUCAUGGAAAAAUGGCAGAGACCAAAACGCGCGCAUGACCAUGAUCAUUUCCUUUUGGUGCUCGACUUUAUGCGACACUUCUUUCUAAAUGCGUGCGAACCACCUACGAAAAUUCAACAGUACGCCUGUAGACAGAGCGGAAAGAAGGGAAAAUUUGACCAUCUUAAGGACCUCCCGGAAGGAUUAGUCGAUUUCUUAAUAAGUUUCAUCCUUGACGCUCUUGGCCUACACCGCGACCAGCUUUUGAGGACGCCAGAUGAGCACAAACGAAAUCCAAAUAAGGCCAUGCUCCUUCCAUCAAAAAAAAAGCGUGUCAUGGUCGAAGGCAGCACUGUUACUAAAGAAGACGAAGUGAUUCAGAAGACUGAAACCGUCGAAGACGAAGUUGAAGUAGUCGAAGACUGAUGCUGUUCUCAUUCUUAGUCGUAGUUUUUUCGUAAUGUGUCGUUUUUGUGGUGUUUUCAAUCCUGUAAUUGCUGCUGACUGUGCAUAUCAUUUCCAUGUCAUUGUAAACUCUACUCGAGAAGAUCAUGCGG